UUGAUGUAAGUGUCAAAUUAACUUGCCAAAAUGACUUCUGAUGAUAUCGUUUCAAAAAAGUUAAAUUUUAAAUCGGUAAAAACAACACCACUACGAAGAUCAGUUUCCACCACUAGUUUGGGAUUUAUUCUUGGGACACAUCUGAACUUGAGAGAUACCAAGUCAUAUACAGGUGGAACAGAAGAUGCCAAAAGUGUGGGUUCUGAAGAAAACGAGGUGAAGAAUGACAAAAACGGCGAAAUCACCCCGAACAUGUUUUUACUAGAUGACAUUGAAACGGUGGACGCAGCCACAGACAAGAUCGUCAUGAUCAGAAUGAAUAUUUUGAAUGCAGGAAAUAAACAUUACUCUCUCAAAGACCUGGCUUAUCGUUGGAAAAAAGACUGUAGAAUAUGGUUGUGGAAAAAUAGUUCGGAAAUGAAAUUGAACAAAUCUGUUGGUGACAGGUACAGAGACCAAUUUACAAACCAAAGAUCAUAAAUAAAUAUUGUUAUAACGAUUUUGGUUGUACAAAAGAAUUUUUAAAAUUUUAAUCAAUGUAAAUAUAUUUUUACCUAUUUAUGAACAUUGUUACAUUUUGGAAUAUUUCUACUUACUUGUAGGCGAAUAAAUGAAUGUUGAAUAGA